AUGGGGAACGAAGAAAAUGAGAAGACUGCACAUGGCCCUGGCUCAGAAAAGAGCCAGAUGAGUGUCAUGAAGUCCUUCGCCUACCACCUCAAGACUCUUUGGCUAUUCACGAAGAGUGACAUGCCAACGUCGACUGGAAUCAACUCUACCUUUGCCGUUGUGGGCGUCCUCGCCGGACCGUCCAUUAGUGAUGCAAAUAUAGACCUGUCAGAUUUGUGGAAGGGAGUGCUAGUUACUCUCUACUUCACCUGGCACCUGACGCUAUGCUUCAACCUCGGCAACCAACGCCAACCCUCUUCGAUCAUUGAGGACGGUGUGAACAAACCUUGGCGGCCGAUACCAGCUGGCCGUAUCACUCCUGAGGCAGCACGCGUGUGCCAUCUUGUUGCCGUGAUCACGAUGCUCGGGUUGUGCGUCGCUGUCUUGGGAGCAUGGCAAGAGACUGCCUUCUAUCUCUUCUGCACCUGGCUAUACAACGAGCAGGCCUGGGGAGAUAAGAGCUGGUGGAAGCGGGCACUCAUGAACGCCUGCGGCAUCACCACGAACCGCGUAGCCAGUCUUCAUGUCGUCAUCAAUGCGAUCCAGCAGGGCGAUCAAUUCCGCUUUACAGACAAGGCCCUCGGCUGGUUUCUGAUCUGUGCUGGCAUCGUCAUCGGCACGAUCCAGGUCCAGGACCUGCGCGAUCAAGAGGGAGACGCUGAGAUUGACCGGCAGACGUUGCCGCUAUUGAUUGGAGACGCUGAGACCCGCUGGAUCGCAGCCGCCGGAGUUUGGUUCUUUUCUCUGGUCAGCCCGCUGUACUGGAAUCUUGGUAUCAUGGGCUACAUCAUCCCUGUUCUGGCCGCGGCUGGCGUCACAGCUCAUAUGCUCAUGUACCGGACCCGCGAGCGUGAUCAGCUCAGUUUCAGGUUGGUGGCGGUCUGGUGGGUCUCGCUGUAUUUCCUACCCAUGAUGAAGUCCCAUGGUAUGUGA